UAAUCUCUACUGAAGUCAAGUCUUUAAUCAGUAAAAAAUUCAUUUCCAUUUCGUAAUUUCUAGGGCAUCAAUUUGUAGCCUACACUGUUGAGAAAACUAUUGGUGGGAGGGAAUUCAUCUGUAGAUUCUGUACAAGUUCCUUAUCAGGGUUUUAACAAUCAACAAGUGACUUGAGACAAAGAGAUUACAGACACAAGAACAUGGGUGUGGGGAAGGAUAGGAUCAGUGAAUUACACGACUCACUUCUUCACCAUAUCUUCUCAUUUCUUCCGAUUAAAUGCGUAGUUCCGACCAGCAUUUUAGCUAAAAGAUGGAAAUACUUGUGGAUGUCUGUUCCCGUUCUUAACAUUUGCGAAUGGCAGCCGUCUCUUAAAACUAAUGAUACGAGAACAAUCCAGACUGUUCGGUUUCAUGAGUUGUUUGGAUAGGAUGGUACUGCCUUCUCCUCCUCUUCUUCCUGACGAUAUGCCGACUAUUAAGAAAUUCCGUCUAGAUUUUCGUGGUCCUGAUCGCCUGUUUAAUAGUAGGAUUUAUGGAUGGAUCUCUAGUCUAGUAUUGCGUAAAAUUGAAGAACUCAGCCUUUGUUUACAAAGAGAUUUCUUGUUACCCCCUUGCUUGUUCACUUGUGAAACUCUGACUAUGUUGGAGAUCGAAAUGGCUGGGAAUCUUUCAUCAAAAAGUAAACAGACAGGGAAUCUUGGUUUUCCCCCAACAGUUUCUUUUUCAAGGCUCAAGAUCCUUCGCCUUACACAUAUCGUAUUUGUGGAUGCGGACUUGACUACACAAUUAUUUUCCAACUGCACUGUCCUUGAGGAAUUGAUGUUGAACAAAUGUUGCAUGGUGUAAAUGAAGGUUUCAUGUGUUUCAGUUGCUUCAUUGAAACACUUAUUCAUUACUAGUCCCGCCAGAAACAGUUGGAAUUUGAAGAUCAACCUUUAUUCACCAAAUCUGCAGUCUCUGACAUACACUGGCAUGCCAGAGGAUUUUGUUCUCACGGGUCAUGGCUUCUCAUCACUAGUAGAUGUAGACAUUGACAUGCCUUUUGAAUCGAUGAAUAUCUAUACAAAAAGAGGCAAGGAAAGACUACGUGGUCUAAAAAACCUUGCUGAAGGGAUUUUGAAUGUAAAGCUUCUAAAAAUUUCAGGUGACCCCAUUGUGUAUCUAUACUUUGAAGAUGUGUUAGCUGAAUGUACCUUUCAAAAUUUGAGACAAUUGGAAGUGAGUUUGAAGCUUUCUUGUGGAACUACUGAAGGAUUAUUUUAUCUUCUCUUUAAGGUGCCUAAUCUGGAAUCCAUUAUCUUUUCUCAGGGUUUUACGGAAUUCCUACUCAAUGUUACUCCGUACAACGAGGUGCCGGAAUGUUUGUUGCUACAAUUGAAAGCUGUCAAAUUUCGUGAAAUUUAUGGGCACGGAGUAGAACUUGAUGUUAUUACUUUCUUUUUGAAGAACUCACUUGUUUUGCAGACAAUGACUAUCACAUUCUCUUCAAGUUUACCACAAUGCUGGAGGGACAUAGUUAUAAGGACAAUACUGAUGUCUCCAAAAGGCGCUGCAAAUGGUGUGAUCAAUUUCCUGUGAUCAAUUUUUUGUUAUUUUCUUUUCUAUUUUGAAGCAUCGUUAAUGUUUAGGUUUGUUAAUGCAGCCAACAACUAAGUGACCAUCAUUUGCUUUUAUUAAUCGUUGUGGGCACGUUUGCUACUUCGUAACUGGUAACUGUCUGAAAUUUCUUGUUCUUUUAACUUUUGGUUAGAGAUUCAAUUAAGCAUGUCUAAUAUCUUAGAAAACUCAAGGUCAGUCCUAAUUAGAGACGGUUGUCAAUGAUGUUUUAGUUUAGAUUGAAUUCUCUC